CAGGGAUGCCUUACCUUUUGUACGACAUCCGCGAACUAUUUACUUUCUGUUUAUUUACUAUUUUAACUGUUUAGACAGUAACAGUAUUAGAAUGUCGUAUAGAAUAUAAGCAUAAAAUGUCUAAAAUUUUGAUGAAUCAACUGACACACCCCCAGCGCGUCCGGCUGCUGUACAAAACUAUUCUGCGCCUGCAUCGAGGAUUGCCCGCGGAACUGCGUGCUUUGGGCGACAACUAUGUGCGCGACGAGUUCAGAAGACACCUUAAAUGCAAUCCCAUGGAGGCGCAGCUCUUCAUGACGGAGUGGGCCCGCUACGCGUCGACGAUAACCAAGCAGCUGGGUCUUCGCGGCAAGCCCAAGGGAGAACUAGGCGAGUCACUGGACAAAAGUGCUGUAGAAAUGCUCAAAGACGACCAGGUGGUGCAGCUCUACGAACUCAUGUUGGCGGCAAAAGGCCUGGAAGGAGACACAAUCACGGCGGACGAUGUUCGUAGUAAAUAAAAGGCAUAGUUUAUUUGGUUUCUUUCUCCAACA